CUUCAUUCUUGCUGUGCGGUGGUCGCGCACGGACGCCUGUCAUCGCACCGUGUUCGCAGCGUGUUGCGUCCGCGAGUCCGAGCCGCGAGCCGCGUCAGCCCGUGCGUUCGGCUGCUGUGCGACGCCGUGCGACGCUGUGCGCACCGGGGAUGGACCCAGGACCUCCACUGCGAAGACAGGCCAGCCAGCCCAGCCGCCCCCACAGGACUAGGCGGUGAUUGUGAGACUUGACCCGCACGCCACCGUCGCCAUGCCGGCCGCCAUGCUAGACACCGAGCGCGCCGACCUGGCCAUGGAGUUCCUCAGGUCCUCCGUCGGCAUGAAGGCGCGCAACAAGGUGUCCCCGUGGGCGGCGCAGGGGCAGGCCGAGAAGGCAGUGGAGGAGAAGUCACCGGGCGCCGGGCCGCCCGGCCAGCCAGGGGCCCCACCGCCAGGCCCGCCGCCCGGACAGCCCGACCAGCCCUGGCGAGAGGACGCCGACUAUGACCCCUUGGCCGAGAGGGUGGUGCGACUGCCGUACUCGAACGUCGGCGCGCUAGCCCAUCUGCUGAAGGGCGCCAUGGGCGCCGGGCUGCUGGCCAUCUCGCUGGGCUUCAAGAUGAGCGGGCUGGCCGUCGGCGUCCUCAGCGGCGUCGUCAUCGCCGUGGCCUGCACGCACUGCUGCACGCUGCUGGUAAACAACUCGCGCGUUCUCUGCAAGCGGCUGCGCGUCCCCAGCCUGGACUUCCCCAGCACCGUGGAGGCCGCCUUCCUGACGGGCCACUCCCGCAUCCGGCGGUACGCGCGCGCCUGCCGCUUCAUGGUCAACUUCAUGCUCUGCUUCACGUACCUGGGGCUGCCCAUCAUUUUCAUCGUCGUCAUCUCGACGUCGGUGCAACAGCUGGUGCAGCACUACACCGAGUACGAGCUCAACGUGCGCUUCUACAUCCUGAUGCUGGUGCCCUUCGUGAUGGCCAUGGGGAUGAUCCGCGACCUCAAGUGGCUGGUGCCGCUGUCGCACGCCAGCAACUCGCUCUUCCUGACGGGGCUCAGCAUCACCAUGUACUACGUGCUCAAGGACGCCCCCAGCCCCCUGACGGUGCGCCAGUACGGCUCCGUCAGCGACUACCCACUCUACCUCAGCGCUAUGAUCUACGGCAUGGAGAACAUCGGCGUGAUCCUGCCCGUGGAGAACACGAUGCGGCACCCACAGCACCUGGUGGCGGGCAGGAACGUGCUGGUCUGGUCCAUGGCCAUCAUCGCCUUCUUCUACAUCUUCAUCGGCGCGGCCGGCUUCGUCGCGUUCGGCGAGGCCACGCGGGAGAACAUCAUCCUCAACCUGCCCAUCGCCGAGCCGGCGGCGCAGGCCGUGAAGGUGGUGAUCCCGCUGGGCGUGCUGCUGUCGUACGGGCUGCAGCUGUACGUGGUGCCCGUCACCCUGUGGAGCGGCCUGCACCACCGCGUGCCGGACGCGCGGAAGGACGCCGCCUACAACCUGCUGCGCGCCGGCACCGUGCUGUUCACGGUGGUGGUGGCGCUGGUGGUGCCCAACCUGCGGCCGGUGCUGGCGCUGGUGGGGGCCGUGGGCUUCUCCUCGCUGGGACUGCUGUUCCCCGCCACGGUGGACCUGGUGGUGUCCUGGCCCGGCGCGUCGGCGCUGCGCGUCGCCAAGAACGUCCUCAUCGUGCUGUUCUGGCUCGUGGCGCUGCUGUCGGGCACGUACAGCGCCCUGCUGGAGAUCAGGGACACGUACUUCACCGAGUCGCAGCCGUUAUGACACCUGUGCUCCUUUUCUACUCGUUCUUACCGCUUAAAUAUAGGUCUAUUUUUUAGUAACGCGUCAACCGA